GCUUUGCGAGUUGACUUGAUGACAGCGCCCUCAGGAGGUGGGAGGAGCGUCUGCAGAAGCUCCAGUCUGUGACCAGUAGCUCUGUGAAAAAAGCACCAGUGUAGAGCUCGGAGCAGGGACUGGUUCCCAGCAUGGAGGGCGUGGCCGUGCAGAACCUGAUCGACUUCGAGCUUCCCUCCGAGGCCUCGGGCGCGGACGCAGGCCGACACGAAGGCCUCACAGACAUUUUCUCCCCAGAGCCGGUGUCUUCCACCGGAUUCCAGCAGCCGUUACUGCCAGAGCCCAUGGCACCAACCCAGUCUCUCCACCACCACCACCACCACCACCACCACCCAGGGGAAGGGGACAGCGACGCCACGGAGUCGGCAGACAGCGAGAACGACAUGGACCCGUCCUCUCGGCUGAGGAGGUCGUCCUCGUCUUCUGCUCACAGUCGGGAGGACGCCGACGCCGAGACGCUGGAGGGGAGGACGUUCAUGAAGACCUACGUGGAGAAGGUGUUCCACGGAAAGGACGACUUUGACCAGGAGGAAAAGGCUCGUUUCGGGGAGCUGUGCAGUGGAGAGACGAGCAAAGGACGAGAGUGGUUCGCCAAAUACGUCAGCGCCCAGCGCUGCCAUUCCAAGUGUGUGAGUGAAGCCACCUUCUACAGGCUGGUGCAGUCGUUUGCAGUGGUUCUGUUUGAAUGUUUCCAGAUGGACGACUACAGUCCAGCUAAGAACCUCAUGACCAUGUGCUUCACGUACUACUACAUAGGGAAGUCUCAGCCGUCUCCCUCGGAGCUGCUGGACCGCGGCGCUCCUCCAGCUCCUAUGGACUUGUACCUCAACAAGGCCAACUCGUGGCUGACGGGGAGGAAGGACGCCGCCGAGCGCCUCCUGAAAAACACGUCUAAGACGGACGUCAAAGGUUUCUUCGGCGGCCUGGAGAGCAAACUCAGGAGCUCGAUGGGUCCAAAGACUGAAGACGAGGACAGCCCUGUGGAGAUGAAGCCCAGAUCACCAGGGUCUGAAGGUCCAGAGGAGAAGAGAGGGGAGAAGGUUUAUCUGUACGGUCACCUGAAGCAGCAGCCCAUCUGGCACACGCUGAGAUUCUGGAACGCUGCGUUCUUCGAUGCGGUUCAUUGUGAGAGGAAGAAGAGAUCGCCGACCACCAGAGAGAAGUGGUGUCACAUGACCCAGGAGGAGCGAGACGACAGCUCCAAGAUGGACGAGAACAUCGCCUUCGGUCAGCUGGGGACAUUCACUCACAACAUGCUGGCGUUCGGCCUCAGUAAGAAGCUGUGUAACGACUUCCUGAAGAAACAGGCGAUCAUUGGAAACCUGAACGAAGAACAGAACAAGUUGCUGAGCGACCACAUAGAGAAAAUGGCGGCAGAGUGAGGACGACGGGUUCUGACGCGUAGAAAACACCGAAGAUUUCCUCUCAACUAAAUAUCGUGACCAACUCUGCGUUUGACUGUUGUUGCAUUUGUGUGGUUUCCUGCCGAGAUGCAGCGUCUGUACUGAACUGUGUCGUCGUCGUAGCAACGCUGUGCGUCCUGCUCCUCUGCAUCCGGUGUCAGCAGAAACUCGUCAUCAUCAGCUGGUGCAUGACCUCAUCGGUAAAACGCCGCCGUCUGUGACCCGCUGUUAACAAGUGAAGUGAACCCAGUGAAUUUAGAAGCUCAACAGUGUUAGAUUAUACAUCCAUGUGCUGUUUGAUCGUGUGUGUGUGAACAUGGUAAAUAUAUUUAUUAGAGAAAUACUGUGUUAAGUAUCAAAUAUUCUUCUGCCUUUGUUCAUGUUCAUACAGUUCCAACCUGACCUAACCCUAACCCUGGCUCCUAGCGUUUUAAUCGUCUGAUCAUAAAACUCAACACUCGUAUAAUCAUCUGCAGGGAAAUAUGAUUCUAUUAGAAACACACAAAACAAAACAGCUCUGACAACAAUCCUGUAACAUUGAUAAUAUCCCUUCAUCCCUUCUCUCGGAUUAAUAGAACAUGUUUAUUUGUUUCCUUGUAGCACGUAGGCUAAAUAUGAAGCUACAGCCAGCGGAGGGGUUAGCUUAGCUUAGCAUAAAGGCUGGAAACCCCAACCAAAGAAACAUCCCGUGCUUCCCAGAACCUCCACAGCUCGCUGAUGUGUUGAAUCUGCACAGAACGCUUCCCAGUGAGCGAGUGAGUGAGUGGACGUGUGGACGGACGUGAAACUGGAAGAACACAAAGAUCUCAGGAUGAAGAAGAGGAGUUCGUACACGUAGAAGACGAAGACGUCCGCUUGGAAAGGUUAUGCUAAGCUAAAGCUAACUGCCUGUUGGUCGUAGCUUCAUAUUAGACAUUAGUAUUCAUAUUCCGGAGGUUGUGAUUUAACGGUAACUUUACAUCAGGAAACGAUCUUCCAUCCAAAGUGCCUUCCAGGAAACUAACCACCUCGGUUUAACUCCUUUCAUGUUUCCUUUGAUCACUCGACUAAAGACUGACGCAGAGCCGCCAGAUACUUUCACCGCUUCCACACACGCUGCAUGAAACACAUUCACGCUAGUGUUGUGUAGUUAAUUGUCAUGUAGUGGAGUUGUGUUGCCUACAGCAGAGCAUGUUCCCUGGAUGAACCUCCAGCCCUCCGCACACGCGUGUUCCUAAAUACUCUGCAUGUGCAUCUCUCUGUGACUCUGUGGAAACGUGAACGAAUGACUGAAGCUGUGAGUGGUUGUGUUACUUCAUCCGACCACUGGAGGGCAGCAAACCACUUCUUCUCGGGGAGACAAUCCUGAAAGGAGAAGUUAUUAUCCAGGCUCCACCGGCUUUGAUCCAUUUUGUAAAAACUGUAUAUAUUUCUCUGUGUGUUGUACAAAUGAAUCACGUGCUGCUGUUUGUGAAAUGUGGUUAAUCGUUAAUUGUAGAUGUAGUAGAUGUUAUUGUGCGAAUAACAACUUUGAAGGUCUCACACACACACACUCACACACACACACACUCAUUCUUUGAUUCUCCGGUGUGAAUGUGCAGAUUCCUUCACAUCCUGAGUGAUUGUGUGUUCAGCUUUUCAGUGUUUGUUGAAGUGUCCCUUUGCAUCUGUAAGCUGAAGUAUUGAUCUUUGUAUUGUACUUAUUAGCUCAGCAUGAGCUGUUUGCACUACGUCUCCCCCCCCCCACACAC